AUUCGCUCAAGCUUAUCCUUCGACGGACUUCAGCGGAGUUAUCUCCCCGAAAGCUACGCAGGCGAAAAGACUUCGCAAAUGUUGGCGUCACGAGGGCCACCGUUCGUAUGGGAAUGACGAUCCCUUUCCUUUUGCAUGUGUUCCUGCCCGGGCCCGAUGCCAUCACCGCAGAUGGAUCGUUCGGAACUCUCUUUAUAAUCUCAACUCUCAACACCCCGCCUUGUCACCCACGAAACCCUUCUAGUUCUACUCGUAUAUCUUUCGCAUAUUCUAUACGGCGCUGGAAGCCUUCUGCCCUACUGUUGUAUUCGGUAUCUUCGUACGCACAUAGCGCCAGGGAACUCCGGAAGCCAUCCUGCAUCUGCCUUGCAUCCGAACCGAAACUUUUGCAUCAGUUCCCUCCAUCUUCCAUCAAGCAAAGAUGUACAUCGCCGCAUCCCCCUCAUUGCAUCCUCGCGAUGACCCGGUCGACUACGACUAUCGCAAGCAGAUGUAUGCGGUAGUCUUCAUCCACCUCAUCCUAUGGGCGCUGGCAUGGACGUUCGCAUACGUCGUGCGUGUCAAGAAGCACUUGCCGGGAGAUGGUGCCGUGACGAGCCCGACCAAUGCGGACGGGACGAUUCCGACCGCAGGCUCGCACAAGGGCAGGUUUGCUAGUGCUGUUAGUUUCGUCGGCGCCGAGAACGCCGAACGCGUAGCCCGCAUGACCUUCAUCCUCGCCCUCGCCAACGCCGUCCUCGUCGCCGAACUGCUCUUCAACACCAGCAAAGCCACCGCAGGCCUGCAAUGGCUGUUCAUGGUCAUUUCCGUCGUCCACGUCCUCGCCGUCACUUUCACCCGCCACCCUUACGUGCCCCUCGGCUUUGGCGUGCUCACGUUUGCGAUCUCGAUUGUCAUCUUCGCGCUGGCUUUCAGGAGCCCGACCGAGUAACCUCGCCCUGUCUCGCUGACACAAAUUUUUUACUCCAGGUCGGGGAAAACACUUCCUCACCUUUAUUGUCCUACACACGUUUGCUUCCAUCCGAUUGUACUACCACCACUGUCCACAUUUACAAACCAU